AACCCAACCACACCCCGCGCGCCACGCUCCGUCGCCCCCCACACACAACACAAGGCGUUACUCCGGCACCUCCCGCCUCUCUCUCCCUCGCCAUGGACGCGGCGGGGAGGAGGCUCGCCCGCGUCACGGCCCACCUCCUGCCCAGCUCCCUCCCGCUCCCGCUCGCCUCCGCCCCUACCCUCGCGCCUUCCCCCGCCGCGUCGCCAGCGUCGGACAGCUACCGACGGGUCCACGGCGACGUGCCGUCGGAGCCCCCGGAGUGGCGCGCGGCGACGGACGAGUCCGGGAAGGGCUUCGUGGACAUCCUCUACGACAAGGCCGUCGGCGAGGGCAUCGCCAAGAUCACAAUAAACCGCCCUGAUAGAAGGAAUGCAUUCCGACCCCUGACCGUGAAGGAGCUUAUGCGUGCUUUCGAGGAUGCUAGAGAUGAUAGUUCAAUCGGAGUCAUCAUACUAACAGGGAAGGGGACCCAGUCCUUCUGUAGCGGCGGUGACCAGGCGUUAAGGGAUGCUGAUGGAUAUGUUGAUUUUGAUAGCUUUGGCAGGCUCAACGUCCUAGACCUCCAGGUGCAAAUACGGCGCCUUCCAAAGCCUGUUAUAGCAAUGGUUGCUGGUUAUGCUGUUGGAGGAGGCCAUGUGUUGCACAUGGUGUGUGAUCUAACGAUUGCAGCUGACAAUGCAAUUUUUGGGCAGACAGGUCCUAAGGUUGGAAGCUUCGAUGCUGGCUAUGGCACUUCAAUUAUGUCUCGGUUGGUAGGACCAAAGAAAGCUCGUGAGAUGUGGUUUCUGUCACGGUUCUACACAGCUGAUGAGGCAGACAGAAUGGGUCUCGUCAAUGUAGUAGUACCACUCGCUGAUUUGGAGCGAGAAACGGUGAAAUGGUGCCGAAAAAUCUUGAGGAACAGUCCAACAGCCAUCCGGGUGCUGAAAUCUGCACUCAAUGCAGCUGAUGAUGGCCAUGCUGGCCUUCAGGAGCUCGGUGGCAAUGCGACACUGAUCUUCUAUGGAACUGAAGAGGCAAAAGAAGGCAAAAAUGCAUACAUGGAGCGACGGCGCCCUGAUUUCUCAAAGUUCCCUCGGAAGCCUUAAAAGUUGAACUUGUGCACUACUAGUACAGAUUUCUCUACAAUUCUGCUGUAUGUCAUGACGCAGACUGAAAUGCUACUCAAAUCUCCGUUUCCUCGUCAACUCUGCCGGAAGCAUAGGUGGGCGUCCCAAUGAUUGCCAGCCCCGGUGGACGGGUGUAGAAGCGAGAUCGUUAUCCUUUACAUGUCAUUUGUUAGUUGGCAUUUUUAUAGGUGUAAAUUGCAGUGCUUACGUAUAUGUGAAUAUUCAUCCCGACAUAUCAUAGCCGCUGGAAAUAAAUGGCCUUGUGGUGCAUUAGUUAUUUGAUCCUAUAACAAUUGGCCUAUAUUUAUUUUUUUGCUGGUUGUUUUGUUUGCUUUUCAAUUUAUUUUAAUAACUUUUUCAAGGAUAUUUAUCUGUAAGAAUUUGGAUGUGGCUUGUUGAUAA